CAUAGUAAUACUAUAUUGUAAUAUUUAUUAUUUUUAAAUUAUAUAAAUAUGAUGAAACGUAGCAUAAUUGAAUACUUUUCUGAACACGAAGGCUAUAAAUGCGGUUAUUGUAAAAAACCAAAUUCUAAUUAUAAUCAUGGAAUGUGGGCUCACACAAUGACCGUGACGGAUUACCAAGACUUAAUAGAUAGAGGAUGGAGGCGGUCUGGAAAAUAUUGCUAUAAACCAACUCUAGACAUCAUCUGUUGUCCGAUGUAUACGAUUCGAUGUAGAGCAUUAGAAUUCAAAUCAUCAAAAUCACAGAAAAAAAUAUUGAAAAGAUUUAACAAAUUUUUAAUGGGCCAAGAUGAGAAUAAAACAAUGUCUAGGAGUAAUGAAGACAUGACUAUAGAUGACGGUGAGGGCAGAGAACUGUUUGUAGAAACUACGAGAGCUCAUCAAGAAGGGAUAAUUACUGAUAUAAAUUUACCAUUUAUUGAAGAUGUAGAUGACCCAGAAACAAUAUCCUCUCAAGAACCUCACACAAGUGAAGUUAAACAAGAAGAUAAAUCAACUCCACAAACAGACUCAGUUGAGGAUAAAUGUACAAAACUAAAACAAAACAAAGUCGCAGGGCCUGAUCCAACAAAGGGGCCAUGUAAAAAAGCUAAACAAGUCAGACGUGAAAGGAUGUUGGAAAAACUCAAAAAUAAAGGUGUUGACAUAAAUAAUUUAGAAAAUGUCAGUAAAAAUAAGGAAAAACGGAUUGAAGAUUUUAUAAACGAGUUGCCUAAUGAUGUUAAAAGGAAAUUUGAGAUAAAGUUGGUUCGAACAUCACCACCCAGUGCAGAAUGGUUAGCAACAUCCAAAGAGACUCAUGAGGUUUAUGUUAAGUACCAGACAAUAAUUCAUGGAGAUAGACCUGAAAAGUGUACAGAAUCAAAAUUCAAGGACUUCUUAGUGAAUAGCCCAUUAUUGGAAGAGUAUUCAGAGAUUGGUCCGUAUUGUGGUUACGGAUCAUUUCAUCAACAAUACUGGUUGGAUGGAAAAAUAAUAGCAGUAGGAGUGUUGGAUAUAUUACCUAAGAGUGUUUCGUCUGUUUAUUUCUUUUAUGAUCCAGCAUAUAGGAAUUUAACUUUGGGAACAUAUGGUGCUCUAAGAGAAAUAGCAUUCACCAGGGACUUACAUUCCAUGUGUCCGGCUCUUCAAUACUAUUAUAUGGGUUUCUAUAUACACUCUUGCCCUAAGAUGAGAUAUAAGGGGAAUUUCUAUCCAUCGGAUCUACUAUGUCCAGAAACAUACAAAUGGUUCCCUAUUAAAGGCUGUUUAGAAAAACUAGAAACUGUGCCAUAUACGAGAUUUGAUCCCGAUAUUGAUAGUGUUGAUGAAAACUUUCCUAGUGAGAAUGAUAUUAAUUAUAUACAAGUGCUAACAAUGGGAGAAGUUAUGCAUUACAAGUUAUAUAGACGUAGAGUUGGGAAGAGAGCUGAAGAUAUUGAAGAAAUGCAACAAUAUGCGAAGCUAGUUGGCUCCAAAGCUGCUAAAAGCUUAAUAGUGGUCAGAUAAUAUAUUUAUGUUGAUAUAAACUAGAAAGACGUACUACUAGGCGAUAGCAGUCAUUUGGUAUCACAAUGUAUUUUAAACAUUAAAUGAUACCGCUAUUUUUAAUACAAUUUAAAAACAUAUUCCAAUGACAGAAGGAAUAAAGAAAAACAAAUCUUAGAUUUACAUUUUUUAUGGGUUCUGUUAAUAGCUCUGCUGUAUCAUGCACUAGACACAGUUCUUGAUAAAUACAUCUGUAUGCAUAACUUUACAUAAUUUUACUUAAACUACUUAUAUCCACUUUAAUUUUAUUUCCAAAGUUACGAUAGCUAAGUCGCUGAUAAACAAAACGCCAUUUUUUCAUAGAUUAUUAUAAAUCUCGACAAUGAUGUCAUGUCCAUUCAAGAUCAAGAGGCACUCGAAAGGUUUCAUACUUAUCAAUAAUAAUGUUUUUAUUUCUAGAUAAAUUUUAAACUUGACGGUUAAUUUAAUAGACUCGGGUACGAAAAAUUAAUUACCAUUAUAUUUUGACUGUUUAGCUUUAUUAUUCCAUGAAUAUUUAAAACAUUUGUGUUUCUAUCGGUUUGAACGAUUUCUUCUUGUGUUAGUUGCACAAGUGUAAGUUGGUAGAUCAAUAAGUUCCCAUUGCUAGUAAAUCCGGAUAACUGAUCCUGAACUUUGCCAACUAACUAAAAAGUGCCAAUAUACUGGUAUAUAGUAAUAAGUUGCAAUGAUUUUGAUGAAAAACGAUAUGAAAAUUAUGAAUAUUAUAACUUUUCCUUCGACUAAUUUAUUCGUCUUAUUAGUAACUUUCACAUUAUAUAUAUAAUGAUAACUUGCAGGACAUGAUUGAUGUAAUAAUUAUGAUUGUUUAAUAAAUUUUUGCUAUGUUUUCUACCCAGAAUUCGUCUGGAACGACAACGGGGAUAUUGUAUCAUUUUUUUCUGUUUGUAUAUAGGUAAUACCUUCCAACUUAAUAUUAAAUCAAUUCGACCCAAACGAUUCACAUGGAAUUUGGCAUAUAAAAGUAGCGUACUAAAUUUUUAAUUGCUCUAAUGAAUGCAUCAAAUUGAUUUUGCUUUUUAAAGGUCUCGUGUUGUAAUUAUUUUAGACAUAUCUUUCUUCAUUUUAUUUCGCCCUAAUAUUAAUAAAUACUAGGUGUUUUCAUUUAAAUUUAGAAUUUUGCUACAGUAACGCUUAUCUUAAGCAAUAUAGGCCCAGAAAUUUGGCAGAUUAGGGUUAAAUUUACACGUUUUCAAGGAUAUUUUUUCAUAUUCACAACAAAGGCCCUUCUUACCACCACCACUUCAUACAUACAUGGUUUGGUUUUUAACUUCAUUAAUAUUUAAGAAUCUAGUUAUUCUUAAUUAAAAGUUAUACUUAAUUUAGUCAAAUAAUCCAUAAUUGCAUUUUUAAUUUACCCACCUCCUGUAUCACCUCAAAAUAGUAUUCCCUGUUUAA